CGGACCGACAAGGAGAGGGGAGGUGGCCCUAGCCCGCUAGCGCGGCGAGAGAGAGACGAAGGCAAAGGCGUACCGAGAGCGAGUGCGGACUCAGGGGGCAAGCGUCGGCACGGCGUGCGUCCAGUGUGUCUCUCUUUACGCCCUUCCGCGGGCAUUAUUUUUUAAAAUUUUUUAAUGUGGCUGAAAACCCGCUCGCGACAGCGGGGGUGGUGACGACGUGGUAGUCUUAAAUACACCGCUAAUUUAAAGUCAUCGAGGCGAGUCGAUAAAGAACUUCCAGAGACUCCGGUUUAUCCGGAAAAACCGUCGAAAAGAUUGCGGCAUGACGACGGUGAAGACGCAGACCAGGCGCGCAUAGCCACGAGGGAGAGGUUUAAAGCGCGCGCGAACACAACUUGAGCCCGGCGGUUGUUUUUGUUUUGAAACCUGCCGGCCGCCAUCUUGGAAGGAAGGAAGGCACGAAAGAAAAAAAAAAGAGAGGGAAGAGCCACGCAUGCGAGCGGCGUGUGAAACGGCGUAGCGGUUCCUAACCCUCGUGUGAACCACCCCCGCAGCCAUGAUCAAGCUGCUGGGAGGACUCAAGGACUACCUGAAGUGGCAGGACAUAGUGACGGACAACGCCGUGUUCCGUCUGCACAACCUGUUCACGACGGUGCUCCUGCUCACGUGCUCCAUAAUCAUCACCGCCAACCAGUUCGUCGGCAACCCCAUCCAGUGCAUCGUGGGCAAGGACCUGCCCAGCCACGUGAUCAACACCUACUGCUGGAUCACGUCGACCUUCACGAUGCCCGACGCCUUCCUGCGGCAGGUGGGGCGCGAGGUGGCGCACCCGGGCGUCGCCAACGACUUCGGAGACGAGGACGCCAAGAAGUACUACACCUACUACCAGUGGGUGUGCUUCGCGCUGUUCUUCCAAGCGGUGCUGUGCUACACCCCCAAGUGGCUCUGGGACUCGUUCGAGGGCGGCCUCAUGUCCACCAUCGUCAUGGGGCUGAACGUGGGCCUCUGCAAGGAGGAGGAGAAGAUCAAGAAGAAGAAGGUGCUCAUGGACUACCUGUUGCGACACUUGAAGAGACACAACAUGUACGCAAUCCGCUACUUCAUGUGCGAGGCGCUGUGCCUGGUGAACAUCAUCGGGCAGCUGUACUUCAUGAACCACUUCUUCGACGGCGAGUUCUUCAGUUACGGCCUGCGCGUGAUGGCCUUCUCGGAGCAGGCCCAGGAGGAGCGCGUCGACCCCAUGGUGUACGUCUUCCCGCGCGUCACCAAGUGCACCUUCCACAAGUUCGGAGCCUCGGGCACCAUCCAGAAGCACGACUCGCUCUGCGUGCUGCCGCUCAACAUCGUCAACGAGAAGACGUACAUCUUCAUCUGGUUCUGGUUCAUCAUCCUGGCGGUGCUGCUGUCGGGGUUGGUGGUCUACCGGGCGAUCAUCCUGUGUCUGCCGGGGGUGCGCCCGAGGCUGCUGCACGCGAGGAACAGGAUGGUACCUCGGGAGAUAGCCGAGUCCUUGUCGCGCAAGACGGACAUCGGCGACUGGUGGGUGCUGUACAUGCUCGGCCGCAACCUGGACGCCAUCAUCUACCGCGAGCUCGUGUCCGAGCUGGCCAAGAAAAUCGAGACUGCCGCCAGCAACAGCCCCUGAAGAUUCUCGCGGGCGGUUCGUGGCACAACUGUAGCCCGUCGCGGUGAAACUGGACUUCUUCGGAGGCGCCCUUCUCCCUCACGCGUAUAACAGCAAAGAACUUAAGAGAUACCCUCUUGGAUUCAGCAGUUUUCGGUUAUGUUACUUUCCUUCAGUAUGGUUCACAAGCCGCCAUUUUGUUCUAGACCGCUGAUGACUAGUCUCGGGUGUGUCUCUUAAAUCAUCUGAGUGAAAUUAAAUCUCAAACUCUAGAUGGGCGUAAUUAGGCACAGGCACCUUAGCGACAAGUCUUUUUAUUGCCUAUUAUUUAAAUUUUACCUCCGUUUAAGUUAGGUUGGGACCACAACCGUUAAAAGAGUGACUUUUUAAAAACUAUAUCACAUUUUUAGUACUUCUUGAAAAUUAGUUAAAUACUGAACCCAAUUAUUCCAGAAAAGGCGAAAAAAUGCUCGUUGAAGCCUAGUACUGGCAACUUCAAGCAUUUCAGUUGAACAAAAUGCGAUGCCUCAGUAAAGAGAACUGACUUGAAAAUUGCUGAAUCUAAGAUGGUGUCUCUGUAUCUAAGGUGGUGGGAUCCCCUCCAGCUAGGAUAUUUUCGUAUCCUGCCGUAAAUUUCGUAACAUGUACCAUUUUAAACCUCAUUAUGGCAUACAUUAUAAUGUAUGACUUAAAGGAUUGUGGCAUCUACGGACUGAGUGACGUGCAUGCAUUACAUCUGUUGUGAGUCACACGGUAUGAAAUACAGUGCAUUACUUUUGAUUACGGUUACCGACAUGGGUGGAGAUUCUUCCCCCCCCCCCCCUGUAUCAAAAAGGAGGGCCCGGUUUCGCUUGCAAAAUCUAACUGUGAAACAAGAAUGUUAAACGUGAUUUGCUCCAUAUUCAAAGCAAUAUAUUACGUUCAUUUGGUGCUGCCAUAUUUUUCCUUCUGUCCGGGAUGCAUAUGGUUGGGUCAUAUGGAAUUGCGUUAUUUUUUUGUUGGCUUUCUGUAUUUCAGAGUGCGUCGAAGACAAAUGAUUAAGGGCUUGUAUUUUUCGCGAAACGUUUUCGAGACUAGCUGAGAGUUAAAACACUGUAGCAUCGCCUGUUUUUCGUGAUUGGUCGAGUUUUUUUUCAAGUACAUGUCUACUGUCAGCACACCAAUAACAGUAAUUCAGUGCGGAUGCAAUCGCGUCCUGGAUGGCCCGGCCAAAUAAGGCAAUGUCUUUAUUUGCAGUGGCCGCCAAUUAAGGAAGAAACCGCUCGUGCAGGCAUACCUUAUUUCAAUCUAAUUGGCGCUCAAUUUUUUUUUCGCGAAAAGUGUCUGGCCUAACAAUGAGCCAAUGAAAAUGUCAUUUGAAUGUACAGUGGUGUCCGUUUUAGAGGGCCUUCAAAUAAUGCGAAUUUGGCGAGUCUCUACCAACGAGACAAAAUUAAACACGUAAACUUAACUAAUUUAAGAAGCAAUAAAUAAUAAUCUGAGCUGGAGAGGACCGUCAAACCUGAACAAGAAACUACUGUUGUGUUUUCUGCGAAAAUAAAGCGAGACUUCAGGUAGUUAAGGUAAAAAAACUUCCAUAGACGUUUACCGUCUGCAAUAAAGAAGGAAGCCCAUCGACCUGCCGACUGGACAACCGGGCUCCACUUUGUGUGGGACGCCCCGCCUUUGAAACAAAAGACUGCACACCAGUUCAGUGCCUUGCGCGCAUAAGGUCGAUGGGGCACUUGGUUCGCGUGCCUGUGUGAGCCUAUUCGUCUCCUAGCUUCUGUGCGCCUCAGGAGUGUUCGGACGUCUCCAGGUAGAAGGGUGCCUUCAGGAGAUUCUUUAUUUAAAAAACAUAAUGAUUCUCAAGCUAAUGAGAGAAGGGCACAAAAGAAAUGAAUGCUACAUUCCAUUCACUGCGGGUUUUUUCAGCUGGGGCAAUUUUUUUUUGUCGUUUCUCUUGUGAGCACAUUAUGUGCUGACAAUGAGAGUCCAUUUCAAAUUUUUUAAAGGAAGGAAUGUGCAUGCUCUAUCGUCAACCCUAAGUAAUCAAGUGUAUGAAUAGGUAAAUACUAGAAUUAAAAUGUGAUAUUUAGGAGUGAUAUACACAUGCGUUGAGGCUGCUUGUUAGUUUGUUACUUUUAUACUGUGACUGCACUUAAAACAGAUUGACAAUAACCAAGGAACGGAGUAACACAAAGAUACCAGAAUGCCCAGUAUAAUAAUUAUGGUAACCUUUCGGAUGCUACUUUCUUGUUAGUUACUUAUAUUUAUAACAAUAAAUAAUUCUUACAUAUUGUCUUCCAUUCAAUAUCCAUUCAAUUAACAAAAUUUCUCGCAAGAGCUACGGUUUAAAAUUUUACACAGGUAUCUGUUCCCUUGUGUUUUUUCUUUGUUCUCUGGACAUUGUGAAUCCAGUUUUAUAAGUUUAGAUCAGUUCCAUUCAGAGUGGCAGUGUAGUUGUAUGUCGAAUACAGGCAAUAUUGUGUUGUCUUCCUUAGCAGUAAUAUAUGCAGUGAAUAUUCUAAUGUGAUUCCAACAAAGUUAUUUGACAUUUCUAAAAAACAUAAUGGUUAGUAAAAUGUUUUUAUAUUGAGACUUUUCUACGUUACCAUGGCAAAUUUAAUACUUAAAAAAAAUAUUGAACAUUUAAUGUUUUAAUUUAAGGUUGAACAGAAUAUUUUUUUUUUUUUUUUCAAUAGCUGGUUGGUGGAGUUCACCAUAUCAGUAUUGUUCGCUCUUAACAUGUAUUCCAGUAGAUUGUUGUCCGAGAGAUUUUUCAGCUGAAAACAAAAUAAUUUUUGCCUUAACUUCAAAACCACGAAUAAGUAUUUAAUAAAAAAAGAAGUGUAAUUUGUUUUUACUCUGACUUUUUGUCACAAGACCUUUUUUUGUUUGUUACCAAGAUAUUUCUUUACAUCAGUAAUGACUAUUUAUGCAAGUAUGGUUGUUAUUAUUGUAUUAAAAAACUGAUAAUUAUUUUCUUAGUGUGGUAACUGGAAGAAAAUUGGACGAAUGCCUUGUUCCUACUAACCUUGUUUAAACACAGCAAUCAGACUACAAAUUUGUAUUUAGGUAUAUGUAUUUAAUCACACUCAGUAGUUUUUUGUAUUGUAUUUAUCUGCAACUUUAGGUACAGGGCUAAACUUAUUUCAAGAAACAAGACAAUAGUUAUAGUGUUAGGUAAACAAAGAAAUCUUAGCAAAAAUAUGCAUAUGUUAAUCCAGUUCCUUGCCAAAUUGGCCUAUUGUCUCAUGAGCCGCCAUUAGCUUGUCUUGCAAAGUCGUAUCAUUUUAUAAUAAGCCAUUUUUUAAUACUUUGGUUUUUUAUAAAAUAUUUACAUUUUUCUGAAAAACCUUUCAAAAGUGGUGGAAAAUUCAGUUGGUUUAAAACUUGAAAUGAUUAGUAGCAACUGUUCUCCUAGCAUGUAUAUUAGUCUCAAAACACUACACUUUGCUGAAUCAAGGCACUACAAUAUUUAUUUGAGAAUGAUGAUCAUAUGAUUCAUAAGUGCAGUUAUUUUUUCUGUGUGGUUUAUUCUAAAUGUAAAUUUAAAAAAUAACAUUGUGUGGUGAAAAGACUGCUCAAUAUUUGGUCCAAACUUAAGCGGAUUGAAUAUUAUCUUAGGAUGUGCCUUACAUAGUCUAAUCUUAUAAUCUGUAAUAAAUAAAUUGCAAAAAAAUAUGAUUUGAAAGUAGGGAUUUUGAAGCUGGAAAUGUAUUUCGGUUUUUUCAUGUCCUUUACUUUGAUUACAAGUGUUAAGUAUUAAAACAGAAUUUUUUAAAAAAAUAAUCUUACAUUGAUAACAUUAUGCUACUAGUAAAGUACAUAAGCAUUCUGCAUAAUUUUAGAGAUGUGUUCUGUCCUCUGUGUAAUUUCAUCAUAUCAGUUAUUGUAAAUAGUAGUUUAUAUCAAUAAGUGUUUUUGUAUAAAGAAACAUUUAGCAAAUUUCAUGGUUAUAUAUUCCCAUGUCAGCUGCCAUGGAAUUUAACAAGCCUAAACAAAAGCCAAAACAGAUUCACAUUUUUUGUUCAUCCAAAGUGCAUUAUGUUAGUCAAAAAUGCACUUGGUGCAAGGAUGAAACCUACAGUUAUAUGUAUGCUUUUUUUUGUUCCAUUGCUGGAUGUUUUGAAUAUGUUUGUUCUAUCAAAACCAUAGAUUUACUUUGAAACCACUUUAAUUCAAGCAUGAGUUACUUUAUAUACUUUCUGGUGGAUAAAAAGGAAAUCUGUAAAGAUUUGAGUUUUGAAUUAUUUGUAAUUACAGAUUUGUCAUAAUUUUUAUGAUGCAUAAGUUCAUGAUUUCAGGCUACCUUGUCCUUUAAAUUUUUUAGAAUUAAUCAAUUUCAAACUUUUUAAAUUAUUUUUUAAACAUUUUGAUUUUCAGCCAAAUAUUUUGAGGCUACUGGAGUGAUCUUUUCUGUACACUUUGAUAAAAUCAUCAAUGUUUUGCUGUACUGAUUACAAAUGGAAGUGUGAUGCACUGCCAACUUCUCUUGUCAAUGAGAAAUGAGAAAUAAGAAAUAGGUGUCAUUGCAACAACCCAAAGUAUCUUCCUAAAAUACACAUUACCAAGAUUUCACAUGAAAAUAAACAUCCCACAUAUUACUUGAAGCUUUUUGCACAAUCAUCAUGGUGCUCCUCUAAUAGGUACUUGUUUCAAUAUUCCACUGAAAAGUUUUUUUUAUCAUACUUCAAUUUAUGAAGACAACAAAUUCUCUUUGUGCCCUGAAAAUUCCUUCAAUGAAAUUUAUUUGUUCAAAUACCUACAAUUUCCAAAUAAAUAAAAAUAUAUAAAAAAUAUGUAUUAGUUAUUCCAUGCAGCUGUUAUAUAUUUUUUUAACUUGUAUGACUUGUUUUAAUGUAAUUUACAUGCAUAACAAUUUUUGGUUUAUAAGUUAUUGAGGUCUUAUUUAUAUUCUUGCCUGAAGUGUCAAGUGUCUCAUAGGUAAACUGUAAGAUUACUUUAUUUCAGCCUUCAUGAUUUUAAAAAUAUAUGCAGAUAUGUAUGAUCUAUGAAAUGAAAAUUCGUUAACUUUAAACUGGUGCCAAAUUGUAAUCAGUAUUAUAAGCAAUUUUUCCCAUUAUGUUCUAAAAAUUAAAUGAGAAUUUUUAUGCACCAUUAUCCUUGAAGACUGAAUAAUAGUCCAUAUUCUAAAAAAAAGUGAGUAGUUAUUUGUGAUUUUUGACUUGCAGUUUAUGACAGUCACAAAAUUUUAAUGGUAUUACUGAAACCACUUGUACAUUGAAAUGUUUUUGAAAAAAUUUAUAAGAAUAUUAUAUAUAUGAUUUGUGUAAUAUUUUGUGUUGAAGGAGGUACGUAAUAAAGUUGAAACUUUUUGUGGA